UAUAUACUCUAAAUAAAAUAAAAUCUAGUAAAGGCUUCGCUUAUGCUUUGGCAUUUUCAAUCUCCUUUUUUUAUUUUAUUUUUUGAAAACGGGGUUUAUAAUUGAAUUAUUUCACAUGUCAAACUGAUCCGUUCAUUUGUCUUCCCAUUUUCUCGCUCCCUCUGGCAGCUGGGCCUUCCGCACCAGAUUAUCAUACGCCCAAGAAAGCAACCUUUGACUCUUUCACAUUCUCUCCUAUAUAUACACAAUUCUAUAUAUAUACACACAAACAAACCUCUAAUAUCAGGUAAUUUCACGUUAAUAUCUUGUUCCAGAAUGCAGUAGGAGAAAUCUGGCAUACCCUUCUCUGGUGCAUAGCCAGACUGAUCUUCAUGAACAAUGAAAAUUCUUGAAGCAUCAGAGAAGGGUAUCUCAGUUUUCUUCUCUCAUUCAUAUUCACCAAUGUAUGCCGGCAGCAAUUUCCUCCUCAAACCCUUAUUUUUACAUGGGCUUUCAGGUUUUUUACAGCUAAUUUUGUUGCUUGGUCUGUUCAUUUCAUGGGUAUGCAAGAGAACCAACAAGGGUCCCAAACAGGGUAUUAAGAGCACCAGUUUUUCGUAUUACAAACGAACUCUGUUUUUUUCUGUGGGUCUCUCACUUUUUAAUGUUGUUCUGUGUGCAUGGAACUACUUCUAUUGGUAUACAAAUGGUUGGUCUGAGGAACAGAUUGUGACCCUUUUGGAUUUAGGGCUCAGAGCUUUUGCUUGGAUAUCAGUUUCUGUUUACUUGCAUACACAAUUCUCUAAUUCAGGUGAAUCUAAGUUCCCAUUAUUAUUAAGAGUUUGGUGGGUGUUUUUCUUAUCAAUCUCUUGUUAUUCCCUUGUUAUAGACUACUUUAAUUACACAAAUCACCAGUCUUUACCAAUUCAGUUUUUGGCGUCCGAUGUUGUUUCCGCCCUUACCGGGUUGUUCCUUUGUUAUGUGGGAAUUUUUGGUAAGAAUGAGAGUGAAGAAGAUACACUUCUUCAAGAACCUCUUUUGGGUGGUGACAUUAGUGGAACUAAUAGGGCCACAUCUCAACCUGCAUGCCCUUAUUCAAAUGCCAAUGUUUUUAGUAUCCUUAGUUUCUCUUGGAUGAGUCCUUUAAUUGCAACUGGUAAUAGGAAAAUAAUAGGCCUUGAGGAUGUGCCUGAUAUUGACAGUAGUGAUUCUGCCAAAGUGUCCUUUCUAAAUUUCAGAAAUAAGCUACAGUCUGGUAAUGGUAGUAGUAGCAUUGUCACUACAACCAACCUGCUGAAGACAUUAGUUUUAUAUAUGUGGAGGCAACUUAUACUAUUGGCUCUCUGUUUACUUUUAACCACAUUGUCUAGUUAUGUUGGUCCGUACCUUAUUGAAACCUUUGUUCAAUACCUUAAUGGAGAACAACAUUUUAAACAUGAAGGGUAUAUAUUGGUUUCUGCAUUCUUCAUUUCAAAUCUUGUCCAGUCCUUGGCACAGAGACAAAGUGUCUUUACGGUGCAGCGGGCUGAAAUGAGAACCAGGGCAGCACUAACUAACAUGAUCUACAAUAAGAGUUUAACCCUUUCGUGCCAAUCGAAACAGGGCCACACUAGUGGGGAGAUGAUCAAUAUUAUGACCGUCGAUGCUGAGAGGAUUGGUUACUUCUGUGCGUUCGUACAUAGUCCAUGGAUAAUCCUUCUGCAAAUUGUUUUGGCAUUAAUUAUUUUAUAUAAAAGCCUUGGGCUUGCUUCAAUUGCUGCAUUUGUUUCCAUGGUAAUUGUAAUCUUUGCAAAUGCUCCAUUCGCGAAAUUGCAGGAGAAACUUCAGGUUGAGUUAAUGGAAUCAAAAGAUAGAAGGAUGAAAGCAACCUCUGAAAUCUUAAGGAACAUGAGGGUUCUCAAGCUUCAGGGGUGGGAGAUGAAGUUUCUGUCUAAAAUUGUUGAGCUCAGGAAUAUUGAGGAAAGUUGGUUGAGAAAAUAUGUGUAUACUACAUCAUUGAGCACUUUUCUGUUUUGGGGUGCCCCUACAUUUGUGUCUGUGGUCACUUUUGGUACUUGCGUGCUUAUGGGUAUCCCACUUGAAUCAGGGAAGAUUCUUGCUGCAAUAGCAGCAUUUGCAAAACUUAAAUCGCCUAUGUCUGACCUUCCUGACAUAAUCUCGGAGGUAGCUCAGACUAAGGUUUCCCUUGAUCGUAUUGCCUCAUUCCUUAGCCAAGAUGACCUGCAACCUGAUGUUAUAGAGAAGCUCCCAAGAGGUAGCUCUGACACAGCAGUUGACAUAGUUGAUGGGAAUUUCUCCUGGGAUGUUUCUUCCCCCAAUCCAACAUUGAAAUCUAUAAAUUUCAAAGUGUCUCAAGGCAUGAGAGUUGCUAUUUGUGGUACUGUUGGAUCAGGAAAGUCGAGCUUGCUCUCCUGUAUCUUGGGAGAAGUACCUAAAAUAUCAGGAAGCCUUAAGCUCAGUGGGACAAAGGCCUAUGUCGCUCAGUCCCCCUGGAUACUAAGUGGAAAGAUAGAAGAUAAUAUACUGUUUGGAAAGGAAAUGGAUAGAGAAAGGUAUGAGAAGGUUCUUGAAGCAUGUUCCUUGAAAAAGGACCUGGAAAUUUUUGCCUUUGGUGAUCAGACAGUUAUAGGCGAAAGGGGAAUCAAUAUGAGUGGUGGACAGAAGCAGAGAAUACAGAUUGCACGAGCUCUAUACCAAGAUGCUGAUAUUUAUCUAUUUGAUGAUCCUUUUAGUGCUGUGGAUGCUCAUACAGGAACCCAUCUCUUUAAGCAAUGUUUACUGGGGCUUCCGGAUUCAAAAACAGUGAUUUAUGUUACUCAUCAAGUAGAGUUCUUACCUGCUUCGGACCUCAUCCUGGUCAUGAAAAACGGCAUGAUCACACAAGCUGGAAAAUACAAUGAAAUUCUCAAUUCGGGAAGCAAUUUUAUGGAACUUGUAGGUGCACAUGAAGAAGCUUUAUCAGCACUUGAUUCGGUUGGGUCACACUCUGAAAAAGUAACUAUCAGCAAAGAAGAUAUAGAGAGUGCUAAAAAGGUUGCUGACAUAGAUGAUAGUCAAAAUGGGAAAGCAGAUGAUGCCAAGGAUCCAAAAGGACAGCUUGUUCAAGAAGAAGAAAGAGAGAAAGGUAGAGUUGGUUUUCCAGUCUACUGGAAAUAUAUCACGACCGCAUAUGGAGGUGCUCUUGUGCCCAUUAUAUUGUUGGCACAAAUUCUCUUUCAGCUACUUCAAAUUGGAAGCAAUUAUUGGAUGGCAUGGGCAACUCCUGUAACAAAGGAUGAGGGGCUUCCAGUUGAAAUCUCUACUCUCAUGACUGUUUAUGUAGGUUUGGCGAUUGGAUGUGCCUUUUGCAUCCUUAUAAGGGCAUUGCUUCUUAACACAGCUGGGUAUAAGACAGCCACCCUACUCUUCAAAAAAAUGCACUUGUGCAUUUUUCGUGCACCCAUGUCUUUUUUUGAUGCUACCCCCAGUGGACGAAUCCUUAAUAGAGCAUCUACGGACCAAACUGCAAUAGAUUUUAUCAUUCCAUAUUCGGUUGGAUCAACUGCAUUCUCAAUCUUAAACCUCCUUGGGAUUAUUGUAGUAAUGUCACAGAUCGCAUGGCAGGUGUUUGUCGUUUUCAUUCCUGUCAUUGCAGCAUGUGUCUGCGUACAGCAAUAUUACAUGCCUUCAGCACGAGAACUGUCACGGUUAGGUGGAGUAUCCAGAGCUCCUGUUGUACAGCAUUUUGCUGAAACAAUAUCAGGAUCGACUACUAUCAGGAGCUUUGAUCAGGAAUCGAGAUUCCUGGACACAAAUAUGAAAUUGACAGAUGGGUAUUCGCAGCCAAAUUUUUACAGUGCUGGUGCAAUCGAGUGGCUGGCCUUCCGCUUGGAUAUGUUGUCUUCUAUUACAUUUGCCUGCUUUUUAAUUUUCUUGGUCACUAUUCCACGGGGAGCAAUCAGUCCAGGUCUUGCGGGCUUAGCAGUGACAUAUGGGUUCAAUCUGAACACCGUACAAGGUUUCGUCAUUUGGGUCGUUAGCAAUUUGGAGAAUCAAAUGAUAUCCGUUGAAAGAAUGCUUCAAUAUACUUCUAUCCCAAAUGAGCCUCCUCUCACGAUAGAAGAAAAUAGGCCAGAGAAUAACUGGCCAUCAAGGGGAGAGGUGGAAAUUCGCGAUUUGCAGAUCCGAUAUGGCCCACACAUGCCACUUGUGUUGCGGGGUCUUACAUGCACUUUCCCUGGAGGAUUGAAGACUGGAAUCGUGGGGAGAACUGGCAGUGGUAAAUCAACUCUCAUACAGUCACUCUUCCGCCUUGUUGAACCAGCUGCAGGACAAAUUUUGAUAGAUGGUAUUAACAUCUCCUCAAUUGGACUGCACGAUUUACGAUCUAGAUUGAGCAUCAUUCCUCAGGAACCAACCAUGUUUGAGGGGACAGUGCGGAACAACUUAGAUCCGCUUGAAGAGUACACGGACGAACAGAUUUGGGAGGCUCUUGAUAAGUGCCAGCUUGGAGAUGAAAUUAGGAAGAAGGAAGGCAAGCUUGAAUCAUCAGUUGUCGAGAAUGGAGAGAACUGGAGUAUGGGCCAAAGGCAACUGGUCUGUCUCGGCCGUGUGCUUCUCAAGAAAAGCAAGAUCUUGGUGCUUGAUGAAGCUACAGCAUCAGUUGAUACAGCAACUGAUAAUUUAAUUCAGCAGACCAUUAGGCAACAUUUUAACGACUCCACUGUUUUAACAAUUGCACAUCGGAUAACAUCUGUAAUUGACAGUGACAUGGUCCUAGUUUUAGAUCACGGACUCGUUGAGGAAUAUGAUUCUCCAACAAAGUUGCUGGAAAACAAGUCGUCUUCGUUUGCAAAGCUUGUAACAGAGUACAGUGUGAGGUCGAAUUCUAAUUUUGAGAAGUGAACAAUCAUUUGAAUGCCAAGCCUUCAAUAGGCACCAUUCACCUUUACCUUGCAUGAUGAUGAUGAUGAUGAAAAAGUUGGUGGUGUUUACCAUCGUAGACACAUUUUUCUCUUAUGGAUGGAAAUUUAUUUGCGUUA